AUGCAGGCCGCCGGGCGCCCGGAACCCCUGGACAGCACAGGCCCCCUCCUCCCUGCCGAGACGGGCGCCAACGUCUCUCAGGACAACGGCACCAGGCCCAACGCCACCUUCGCGGAGCCGCUGCCUGCCCUCUACGUGGUCCUGCCGGUGGUGUACUCCACCAUCUGCGCCGUGGGGCUGACCAGCAACACGGCCGUCAUUUUUGUGAUCCUCAGGGCGCCCAAGAUGAAGACGGUGACCAACGUGUUCAUCCUGAACCUGGCCGUGGCCGACGGGCUCUUCACGCUGGUGCUGCCGGCCAGCAUCGCCGAGCACCUGCUGCAGCGCUGGCCCUUCGGGGAGCUGCUCUGCAAGCUGGUGCUGACCGCCGACCACUACAACAUCUUCUGCAGCGUCUACUUCCUGGCCGUGAUGAGCGUGGACCGCUACCUGGUGGUGCUGGCCACCGUGCGGUCGCGCCGCACGCCCUGGCGCACCUACCGGGGGGCGAAGGUCACCAGCCUGUGUGUCUGGCUGGGCGUGACGGUCCUGGUGCUGCCCUUCUUCUCCUUCGCUGGCGUCUACAGCAACGAGCUGCAGGUCCCCAGCUGUGGGCUGAGCUUCCCCCGGCCCGAGCGGGCCUGGUUCCAGGCCAGCCGCGUCUACACGCUGGUCCUGGGCUUCGUGGUGCCCGUGUGCACCGUCUGCGUGCUCUACGCCGACCUGCUGCGCAGGCUGCGGGCUGUGAGGCUCCGCUCUGGCGCCAAGGCUCUGAGCAAGGCCCGGCGGAAGGUGACCGUCCUGGUCCUCGUGGUGCUGGCCGUGUGCCUCCUCUGCUGGACGCCCUUCCACCUGGCCUCCGUCGUGGCCCUGACCACGGACCUGCCGCAGACCUCGCUGGUCAUCGGCGUGUCCUACGUCAUCACCAGCCUCAGCUACGCCAACUCGUGCCUCAACCCCUUCCUCUACGCCUUCCUGGACGACGGCUUCCGCAAGAAUUUCCACGCCGUGUUCCGGUGCUGA